GGCCGGCCUUACCACCGUGUUGCAACGCCGGUAAACCUGGGAGAGCAGUAGAGGGGAAGAAGGAUAUUUUUUGCUGAGAGGAAAAACAGUGAAAGCAAAAGGGAACUGACAACGGAGAAGUAAAGAUGCAGUCGGAGUGAAGGCUUGGAACGGGUGAAGCAAUCCUCCAGACUACUUCCUCUGAGAGCAUUUGCAGAGUGGAAAAAUGUGUUGGAGCGGCAGAGCAACGAGGGGAGGAGUGAGGCAGGAAGAGAAAAAGAGCAAAAGGGAGGGGCAGAGAUCCACACAGGACAAUAGAUGAGAUUUUGCCUUCAACACAGCCGAGGAAGACGGUGCAAGAGCAAGGGUGUGGACAAUUUGUAGUCCUAAAUGAAACGGAAACCUUUUGACUUUUGUUGAUCUUUUUUGACGAAAAAACCAAAACAAUCCACCAUGGAUAACUUCCAGACUGUGCUGCGCUUUUUCAUGAACCAGAAGGCCACCAUCGGCUACAGCUUCAUGGCCCUUCUAACCAUCGGCGGCGAGAGAGUGUUCUCCAUGGUCUCCUUUCAGUGUCCCUGCAACCACGAACAGAACUUUGCCUACGGGCUGACCUUCCUGCUGGGCCCAGCCGCGGUGCUGCUGGUCAUGGGCCUGUUCUUCAGCUCGCGGAUGUGGAGGCUCUACACAGGCUGUUGCCUGAACCCCAUGAAGCUCUGCCCUCGGGGGAACUGCUUCCACUGCCUCAGGGUGUUCCUCAGUAUCUCUUCCGGUGCCUGCGUGGCCCCCAUAAUGUGGCUGUGUGUGGCCCUGCUCAACGGGACCUUUUACGAGUGUGCCGUCAGUGGCCUGGACGAGAACCUAGUCGUGGACCUUUUCUGCAAGAACAAGACGCUGAUAUGUCGCGAGGAGCUGGCCCGGGUGCCGUGCGAGCGCUCCAAACUUAGCAGCGAUGAGCGAAUAGAACUUCUGCUCAUGUUCAGGGCCCAGUCACAGAUCCUGGGAUGGUGUAUCAUCAUCAUAUCGGCCAUCUUUGGCUUGCUGGGCACAUGCUACAAAAACUGCCGCUCCCAGGUGAGCUACCUGCAGCUCAAGUUCUGGAAGGGCUAUAUCGAGAAGGAGAAGGAGCAGUUUGACGUCUUUGCCAGCGAUUACGCCUCCAAGCUAGCUGCCAGGAAUCUACACAGCUUCUUUGAGAACAAGGACCCCGAUCCCUUCCCCUUCCCUAACCACAAAUCUUGGGAAGAGAUCUCCACCCUGUACUCGUUCUCCAGGAGUGAGCAGUUCUACAGUACCCUGCAGAGGUUUGUGGAGCGAGGAGACCGAGACUUCAGCCCAGAGAAGAGAUCGGUCUUGGACAUGGACUCCUACGGCAUUGAGAUGGCAUAGAAUCAGAUCUGUGCUUAUGCCAAUGCUGCCUUCCCAUUGAAUAAGACGGAGACAGACACAUGGAUACAUUAUGCUAUUAUGGCAGUACUAAUUGCCUAUUGUUUGUGCAUGUAUUACUCAGGGGGAUGCCUUUCAAAUGGGUUGGAAUCCAACAAAGGGGGCUCUAAAUAUGUUAUUACCAAAGAAUGCAACGGAGGAACAUUUGCAGAAAACAAGACGGGACAUUUUCAGUUGAAAUGGGCCUCCUCUUAGACUAUUUAAGGGCUUAACCACUACUAUACAAAACAAAGUAUCUCUGUAAACUGUUACUGAUAUGAAGAAAUGCAUUGAUAAAUGAAGAUGCUCUUUUUAUUUAUAUAUGACCACUGUUGCCUGUUGUACAACAUCUGGAUCAGAAAAUCCAUAUGUACACUAAUCAGUGUUUUAAAAUACCUUGUAUGAGGUCUACGUUGCACUGUCUUUAACAUUCCUUGCUAAGUUGCAACUUGUUUUUGACAUUUCUGCAUUGUGGAACUUCCAUGCUUUUCCAAUGGAAUUGUUGCCCACCCUUAAAAGGGGGGAUGAAUGGAAACCCACAUACCAUGUAAGACAAAGAAAAUAACCUGUCUAACAGCUCUUCUUUUAAAAUAAAAACCAACCAACUAUA